AUGGAAGCAAAGCCGGGCAUAGACGAACGUUUCUACACUCCUCGCAGUUCAGCUCGGCGAGGAUAUUCUAGCACCAAUUUAGAAGACGAGCGCUUUGUGUCACCUCGAGGAAGCGCUCGAUCUGUUUCGUCCGAUGAUAACGAAUACUUAACGCCUCGAGAAACAGUGUCUAUACCAGUCUACAAAACAGGGUCAUCCUCUACCGUGUACAAAGAUGCAGCUUUUCGAACCAGCAAUAAGCGACUUCCAGUAACAGAGCCGGCGUACAACUUAUACGAUUCUAAGUCGCAAACUUCGUCGAAACCGCAUCAUGCCACACCACCUGCAGACGAUUACGAUCUAUUCUCGGCUGCGCGUCAUAAUCGCUACGAUUCGGUCGAAUACAUGUUGGACCAUGGUACAUCUGUAAAUUCCAGAGACGCAUUUGGCAACACUUUAUUGUCCAUCGCAUGUCAAAAUGGACUUAAGCGCAUGGCCAAGCUCGCAUUGCGGCGAGGAGCCAACAUAAAUAGUCAGAACAUUCGAGGAAACACGGCAUUGCACUUCUGUUUUGCUUACGGCUAUGGCGACUCGCUUGGAGCUUACCUUAUUUCCAAGGGCGCUGACACUACAAUAGAAAACGAAGAAGACAGAGUUUGUUUCUAUGUCAUGGUGUGUGAGCGGCCUUUUGCUCUUUUUGAGGAGCGUCAAGAUGAUCCGAUGGAUGGACAAGGCCGUGCAGCUAGUGAUGACUCCGAUCUUGAGGAAGAAAUGAUGCGCGUCAACGUAUUAGACAUCGAGUGGAGGCGUCAAAUUCACGUAGGUGACAAUCUGGACGCCCAAAAUGUGUUUGGCAAUUGGUGUCCAGCCAGGGUCCUGCGGGUUGCAGAUGGGGAAUUGCUGUUGCAAUUUCUCAACAUGCACGAGUCAUGGCACCAAUGGCUGCCAGUAGACUCUGGUCGGCUAGCACAAAUGGGUUCUAAGACUCGAAGUGACAGUGUCCCGAUUCGGCAAGCGCAGCAGAUUGAAGUGCGUCCAGGUGGUGGUAAUAGCAGUUUGUGGAAGGAAGCGCUCGCGGUAAAAGCAGGUGGAGGAUCCAUUUUAGUGCGGUAUGCUGGACGAGAUAAAAAUUUUGACGAGUGGAUCCAGUUUACGCCAGAGAGAGUAGCACCAGCUGGAGAGCACCUGCGGCUUCGUGGUCGCGGUAGUUUGCUGGAGCAGCGGAAAAUGGAGCUCAAUGCAUCAAAUUCACCCCAUCGUCGUGUGAUUCAAGCGCAGAAUCCGCGAUUUACGCACUAUCGGGACUCGUUGCACGCGGCGUUAGGGCUUAGAAUUUUUGAUAUUGCAGGAGAUGGCAAUUGCUUGUUUCGAUCUGUGAGUCACCAAGUGUAUGGGAAUGACAGUCAUCAUGCUCUCGUACGUGCCGCGUGUAUGGAUUACAUGGAAAGUGAAAAGGAGUACUUUGAGCCUUACGUAGUGGGCGACAUGGCAGCGUUCAUGCGGUACUUGCGCUACAAAAGGCGAGACGGUGUUUGGGGGGAUGAUCCGGAGCUGCAGGCCUUAUGUGAGCUAUACGACCGUCCAGCUGAAGUGUUUGCCUAUGAUCCCCAGAACGGUUUUCGAAAGCUUCGGUGCUUUCACGAAAAUAGCGGCCUCGCUCGUAGCAGACCCCCGAUUCGGCUAAGCUAUUAUGGUGGAGGACACUACGACUCGCUUGUGGGUCCUGAUCACCAAGUUAAUUUGGUCAAUGAGAUACCUGGUCAAUGGGAGCAGCGGCAUAUCGGAUACUCUUAUCGUAUCAACUCUCGAGAAAAUAGUAACGAUACGCCGGGUGGUGAGGGACAAAAAGUGCAGAUCCAGUCAGAACAUGAACGCACAGAAGUGGAGCAGCUGGAGCAAGUCCUAGUGCAAUCUCGCAACGAAUUCGAUGCUAUGGAUAAAAGCCUUGAAGAGACGCUUAAUUUAUCGCUUGCCGAGCACGAAGAAAAAUCGAAAGCACAGGUUGAACGAGAACGCGAAGAGGUUGAAGAAGCUACUCGAGAAAGUGAAAUAGCAGCCAUACAAGCUGAACUUUUGGCUAAGGCAAAGGAGGAGUCAGAAGAAGAGCAGAUGAAUUCUGCUAUCCAAGCUUCUUUGGAUGGUCACAUUGGGUUUGAUGAUGGUGAUUUUGAUGCUCAAGUGUCUGCAGCAAUUCAAGCAUCUUUGGGAGAAGCUGGAACAACUCUUGGAGAUAUGAGGAAAGACGAUGGAUACGAUGAACAAUUGCAUCGUGCAAUAGAGUUAUCAUCAAAGGAGUAUGCACCAUCACCGAUCCCGUUCGGUCAAUAUGUUGAUGAUUCAAUCACUACGGAUGAAAUGGACGAGCUUCAGCGUGCAAUACAAGCUUCGCUCGAGCGAUCUUAA